AUGGUUGAAUAUAAUGUUAAUGGAAAAGUAGCAGUGAUCACUGGAGGUACUAGAGGGUUAGGACUUUACUGUGCGGAAGCAUUAGUAGCUAAUGGAGCUAAGACAGUUAUCAUUACAUCACGGAAACAAAAGGCCUGUGACGAGUCCAAGAAACACCUAGAUGAUAUUGCAAAAAGAACUAACAAAUCAUGUAAGAUAAUUGCCAUUCCUGCCGACAUCAGUGAUGAAAAACAAUGCAAGGAAUUUUUUGAAAAGGUGUCAAAUCAAGUGAAUCAAGUGGAUAUUUUAAUGGCCAAUGCAGGAGCUACAUGGGGGGAACCAUUAGAAUCUCAUCCGGUAUCUGCUGUCAAGAAGGUGUUGGAUUUGAAUAUCGUGGCUGUUUUCCACACCAUUCAAUUAUUUGCUCCAUUAAUGGCCAAGUCUGGUACCAAGGAAGAUCCAUCGAGAAUCUUGAUUAUGUCGUCCGUCGUUUCGCUUGUUGCUUACGAGCCCAUGGGCACCUACGGUUACUUAGCUUCGAAAGCUGGUGUUUCCCACUUGGGUAAGAACUUGGCCUUGCAAUUGGCUUCUCUGAACAUCACAGUUAACAUGUUGGCCCCAGGAUUUUUCCCAACAAAAAUGUCCAAUGGAAUGUUGGAAGCUUCCAACGGUAUUAUUGAAGACAUGAACCCAAUGGGAAGAUUAGGGGCUAGAGAAGAUAUUCAAAAUGCUACAUUAUUCUUGUGUGCUAAACAAUCCAACUAUAUUAACGGAAUAGUAUUACCAAUCGAUGGUGGUGCCCAUUUAGUCGGAAUGCCCGCCAAGUUUUAA